AAGACAUCUGUACUUCUUAGGAAGGUAAUCCCUGAUUAUAUGAAUCGUAUUGAUGAAUCCAAAGAGCUAUCACCUGACAGUUUUUCUGCGCUUUCUGAUGAAGUAAUUCUAGAAAUAUUAAAGCACUUAGACUUGAAGACGUUAUGCCUCAUGAACCAAGUAAAUAAGCGCUUCAAUAAUUUAACACGGGACCCUCUACUAUAUACACGUUUGAACAUGCAAAAUAUCUCUUGUCGUAUUUAUUUUUAUGAUAUACUUUGCUACUUUACACCUAGAUGUGAAUAUUUGCAACAAUUAGAUCUUGCAAUAUGUUACUUUUCUUCUUCGCAUUUCGUGCAAUUUCUGGAGAAUUGCGGCAGGCAUUUAACGCACUUACGAUUCACUGAAUGCAGAUCUGUCGACAAUGAUGUCUUAUUCAAAAUUUCAGAGAUAUGCAAGAAUUUGAAAGAGUUGGUUCUGACAUUUCUGAUAGAUAUUGAAGGAUAUUUUGAUAAGGAAGGUAUUUCAUGUCUCGAAAAUCUAGAGAGCCUGGAAAUAUUGGCACUUGAAACAACAAAAAUAGAAGUUCAAUGUCUUUGCAAAAUACUGCAAAAAAAUAAAGGAAUGCGUGAAUUAUAUUUGUCCAACUGUUUACUUAGGGGGAGUUACAGUAAGGAGGAGUGCCCAAUCGACACCGUUGCAAUAGAGUUAGGAAAUUCGUGUCGGGACUUGCAAAAAAUACAUUUAUAUAAAACAGAUUAUAUUACAUCGAAGUGUAUUAAUGCCCUUGCUGACUGUAAGAAUUUACGAAUAGCAAAUCUUGAUACAAUAAUGGAUUACCCGAGAAGACACCUUAUUGAUGAUAGCUUAAGCAGAUUGCUUUCCUCCUGUCAACUGCUGGAAGAAAUAUAUUUGAAUCAUAUUGUCUUCACUGAUCGCAAUUUGAAAUUACUGGCGGAGUGCAAAAACUUGAAACGUUUACAUCUAAAAUACGUAGAAUUUGUAACACCUGAUAAUGUUUCCAUUAUUCUCGAGCAAUGUUCUAAAUUGCAACAGUUGGUCCUCGAAGUCCACAAUAUUAGCCCGUAUUUGAUUAACCAGUGGAAGAAAAGUCAUCCACAUGUGUUAUGCAGCGAAAAGGGAGUAUAUAUGUGA